AUGGGGGUGCAGCAACCACAGCCAGCUCCAGGAGGCGGUGAGGGACCUCGCAGCCAGCAAGUAGGAAGCCCUACCGGUACUUCUCGUCUCCCUUUCUCCUUUCCCUACGAUGCCUCUCGCCUUCCCUUCCCUGCUUUUUCUUUCUUCGCCCGGGCUGCGCUGGCAUUCUGGCUCUGGCGGGCUCUCUUGCGGUCCGGCAAGGAAGACGCAGCUUCGGCAUUGUUCUGCUUCUGCAUGGCCGGAGAGAUGGGCCAGCCCGUGUCUCGUCUGUCAGACGAGGUGAGGGUGAGGGUGGUCUGGCCUCCGGGGGAGAUGGCCACGGAUGGGAUAGACGUAUCUGAGGGCGCUUACGCGAGGCGUGGGGGUGUGGAGGUCAGUCCGGACUCAGCACUUGAGUUGUUGACUCUGGCCCGACCCGGAAGGCUAGUUGCUACGCAACGUAUCCCAAAGCUGGGACGAGCGGUCACCAUCCGUCAGAGUCUCGCCGAACGAAUACGAUAUACGAUACGUACACGCCUCUACGCCGCCUCUAAUAUGAUGAUGCAAGCAUCAUGA